CAGCGCUGUGCCAUGCUGCAGUUCCCAGACUUCCAUGAGAAGUUACUGGAUGUGUUGUGUCAUCAGUUAGAGGACAACCCAGGCAAUGAGCACGCUCAGAGCCUGAUUCUCGACAUCCUCUGCUGGCUGGCGGGGGUGUUCUCCAACGGACCCUGCAGCAUCAGGGAAGGGAAGGAGGGCCUGCUGGCCAAAACCAGGAGCCGGUUAACUGACAUCGUGAGGGUGUGUUUCUUUGAAGUGGGCCGCAGCAUAGCCCACAAAUGUGCUCGAUUUCUUGCACUUUGUAUUAGCAAUGGGAAAGGAGAGCCAAGUCAGCAGGGAUUUGGCAUCAGCCUUCUGAAGGCUCUGCUGGAUAACAUGGCCUACUUGCCUGCCGCAGCAACUGGUGGCUCUGUGUUUUGGUACUUUGUACUUCUGAACUACGUGAAGGAGGAAGACCUGGCAGGCUGCAGCACAGCUUGUGCCUCCCUGCUCACCACCAUCUCUCGACAGCUGCAGGACCGUCUCACCCCUCUGGAAGCUCUGCUGCAAACCAGGUACGGUCUGUACAGCUCUCCAUUUGACCCGGUGCUGUUUGACCUGGAGGUCAGUGGCUCCUCCUGCAAGAACGCCUUCAACAGCAGCAUCGGGGUCCAGUCCGAUGAGAUCGACCUCUCUGAAAUUCUCUCAGGGAAUGGGAAAGUGAGCAGUUCUGCUGCGGCAGAGGGCAGCUUCACCGCACUGACUGGACUCCUGGAGGUGGAGCCCUUGCACUUUACCUGCAUAUCCACCAGUGAUGGCACACGGGUGGAGCGAGAUGAUGCCAGCAUGUUCACUGUGAGUACGUUUGGUGUGACUCCGGCGAUGGGCGGCCUGUCAACAGGGACGGUCGGAGAAGCUUCAACAGCUCUGAGUUCUGCAGCUCAGGUGGCCCUGCAGUCCCUGUCGCAUGCCAUGGUCUCAGCCGAGCAGCAGCUGCAGGUGCUGCAGGAGAAACAGCAGCAGCUGCUGAAGCUCCAGCAGCAGAAAGCAAAGCUGGAGGCCAAGCUUCAUCAGACCACCUCUGCUGCUGCUGCUGUGGCUUCUGGUGUUGGAUCCAUGAGUAACUCUGUGCCUUCCAACUCCUCCGCCCCGGGCUUCUUCAUUCACCCCUCCGAUGUCAUCCCACCGACACCAAAAACCACGCCCCUCUUCAUGACCCCUCCCCUCACGCCGCCCAACGAGGCGGUGUCUGCAGCGUUCAGCGCAGAGCUGGCUCACCUGUUCCCUGGCCCCAUGAUGGACCAGGGGCCCGUCAACAUGGCCGCACACAAGAACACGCAGAAAGCCAAGCCGAGCCCCAUGGGCAGUGGGCUGGCUCUGGCUAUUUCUCAGGCAUCUCACUUCCUGCAGCCUCCUCCACACCAGUCUAUAAUCAUAGAGCGGAUGCACUCUGGAGCUCGACGCUACGUCACCCUGGACUUCGGCCGCCCCGUUCUGCUGACCGAUGCACUGAUCCCUACCUGCGGAGACUUGGCGUCUCUGUCCAUCGACAUCUGGACGCUGGGCGAGGAGGUGGACGGACGCAGGCUGGUGGUGGCCACUGACAUCAGCACCCAUUCGCUCAUUCUGCACGACCUGCUGCCACCGCCUGUCUGCAGAUUCAUGAAGAUCACUGUGAUUGGACGCUACGGCAGCACCAGUGCGCGAGCAAAGAUCCCGUUAGGCUUCUUCUACGGCCACACGUACAUCCUGCCAUGGGAGAGUGAGCUUAAACUAAUGCAUGACCCUCUGCGGGGAGAAAGUGAGGCUGCCAGUCAGCCAGAUGUGGAUCAACAUCUGACCAUGAUGGUGGCUCUGCAGGAGGACAUCCAGUGCAGGUACAAUCUAGCUUGCCAUCGAUUGGAGACUCUUCUUCAGAACAUCGACCUUCCGCCUCUGAACAGCGCCAAUAAUGCCCAGUAUUUCCUACGGAAACCAGACAAGGUGGUAGAAGAGGACCAGCGGGUCUUCUCAGCCUAUCAGGACUGCAUCCAGCUGCAGCUGCAGCUCAACCUGGCCCACCAUGCCGUCCAGAGGCUGCGGGUGUCCCUGGGCGCCUGUCGCAAGUCUCUGCCCAGGGCCUGUGACCCGGAGGCCCAGGGGCUGGUCCACAUCUCCUCCACUGAGCAGCUCAGGACAAUCAUCCGUUACCUGCUGGACACGCUGCUCAGCCUUCUGCACUCCAAUAACGGACACUCAGUUCCCUCAGUGCUCCAGAACACCUUCCAUGCCCAGGCCUGCGAGGAGCUUUUUAAACACCUCUGCAUCAGCGGAACGCCGAAAAUCCGUCUUCAUGCUGGACUGCUGUUGGUGCAGCUGUGUGGGGGUGAGCGCUGGUGGGGCCAGUUCCUCUCCAACGUCCUGCAGGAGCUCUACAACUCUGAGCAGCUGCUUAUCUUUCCCCAGGACAGAGUGUUCAUGCUCCUGUCCUGCAUUGGCCAGAGAUCCCUGAGUAACAGUGGCGUGUUGGAGGGUCUCCUGAACCUGUUGGACAGUUUGCUCUCCCCUCUGCAGCGACCACAGGCUGCUUCCCAGCGCAGGACAGAAGGCAUUUUGGACAUUCCCAUGAUCAGCUGGGUGGUGAUGUUGGUUUCAAGACUCUUGGACUAUGUAGCCAGCAUUGAAGAUGAAGCCUCAGGGGCGAAGAAGAACCUUGGAGGGAAGGAAAGGGAUCGGCCUGUAACAGGGAUUCAGUGGAGUUUCAUCAACAACACGCUUCAGUCUCAGAACUCCAACAGGACAGCUAAAGGCAGCAGCAGCCUGGAUCGGCUGUACUCACGGAAACUUCGCAAGCAGCUCGUUCAUCACAAACAGCAGUUAAAUCUAUUGAAAGCCAAACAGAAGGCUUUGGUUGAGCAAAUAGAGAAGGAGAAAAUCCAAAGCAACAAAGGUUCCUCUUACAAACUGCUAGUGGAACAGGCCAAACUCAAACAAGCUACAUCUAAGCACUUUAAAGACCUGAUCCGUCUGAGACGGACAGCUGAAUGGCCUCGCUCUACACUGGAUGCAGAGUCCACAACAGCCAAAGAAGCCCCAGAAGUAGAACCUCUGCCCUUCACUCUGUCCCAUGAACGCUGCAUCUCUGUAGUGCAGAAACUCGCCCUGUUUUUGCUCUCUAUGGACUUCACUUGCCAUGCGGACCUGUUGCUAUUUGUCUGCAAGGUACUUGCUAGGAUAGCUAAUGCCACAAGACCUACAAUCCAUCUGUGUGAGGUGGUGUCUGAACAGCAGCUGGAACGCCUUCUGCUACUGCUUGUAGGAACAGACUUCAAUCGAGGGGACAUCUCCUGGGGAGGGGCUUGGGCACAGUACUCCCUCACAUGUAUGCUCCAGGACAUCCUGGCAGGUGAACUAAUGUCUCCGGGCUCUCUGGAUGCCAUGGAAGAGGUGGUUGUGGGUGAGGAGGCAGGGGCGUCAUCGUCCUCAGCCGUGGCAGACUCAGACGACUCUUUGGCCCAGCCUUCCACCAUUCCCCUGGUAGAGACCAUCGAUGAAGCUCUGGUGCCAGACAUCAUCGCAGGGACCACAGGGACCUCCACCGUGUUCCAGAGUGCUCCGCCUCUAUCGUCUUUGGAAAAAGAUAAAGACAUAGACUUUGACUUGCUACAAGACCUCAUGGAUGUCGAUAUUGAUCCUUUAGAUAUUGAUUUGGAAAAAGAUCCACUUGCUGCCAAAGUAUUUAAGCCAAUAAGCAGCACCUGGUAUGACUACUGGGGUGCUGACUAUGGAACAUAUGGGUACAACCCAUACAUCGGAGGGGUUGGGAUUCCGGUAUCCAAACCUUCGGUCACCCCUGAAAAGCCAGCCUCUCAGUGUGUGUCGGUGUCUGUGUCUCAAGCGCUGGAUGCCCGACUUGAAGUUGGCCUGGAGCAGCAGGCUGAGCUAAUGCUGAAAAUGAUGGCAACUUUACAGGCUGACUCCAUUCUACAGGCUCUCAGUUCCAGUUCAUCUACAAUCACCCAGCCCGCCAAUGGGACCGACGACUCCCUGCUCAGAGCAUUCCACAGCGGGGGCUCCCCACCCUGCAGUGGCCCCACCAUCCAGCCCUCCUCCGUUCCCAUUCUGAGCAACUGUUUCAACAAGCUUUUCUCCAUGCUGCAGGUCCACCAUGUGCAGCUGGAGUCGCUGCUGCAGUUGUGGCUAACACUCAGUCUAAACACGUGUUCUGGUGGCAGCGAAGACAGUGGAUCAGAUAUUUUCCUCUUCAACGCCAGCCGGGUGCCCACCAUCCCACUCAACCAAGCCUCUGUCAGCAGCUUCAUCUCGGUGCUGGCCUGGUACCCCAGCACUUCCCUGAGAACAUGGUGCCUGGUGCUACACUCUCUCACCCUGAUGACCAACAUGCCCCCCUCUGCCUCCAUCAGCGUGCUGAACUCCCAGGACAGCACGGCCCAGCAGAUGGUGUCGGAUCCCACCCUUGUCCAUGUGCUGGUGCGCUUCCUGUCCAGCAGUAGCACCAAUGGGACCAGUCAGCACAGCUCCCAGGUGGGCCCCACCGCCACACAGGCCAUGCAUGAGUUCCUGAGUCGCCUGCAGGUCCACCUAUCCUCCACCUGCCCCCAAAUGUUCAGCGAGUUCCUGCUGAAGCUCAUCCACAUCCUAUCCACUGAGAGGGGCCCGUUCCAGUCGGGUCAGGGUCCUCUGGAUGCCCAGGUCAAGCUGCUGGACUUUACCCUGGAGCAGAACUUCGAGGUGGUGUCCGUGUCCACCAUUUCCUCCGUCCUGGAGUCCAUCACGUUCCUGGUUCACCACUACAUCACGUGCUCAGACAAGGUGGUGUCCCGCAGCGGCUCUGACAGCUCCGUGGGGGCCCGCGCCUGCUUCGGAGGUCUGUUUGCCAACAUCAUCCGACCAGGAGACGCCAAGGCCGUGUGCGGGGAAACUACGCGCGACCAGCUCAUGUUCAACCUGCUGAAACUGGUGAACGUGCUAGUGCAGCUUCCUCUGUCAGGGGACCGUGAGUUCAGCGGGCGGUUGCCGCCGGUUGGCAGCGGUGCCGCCGACAGCAGCGUCUCAGAUGAGGAGAAGGUCUGUGGAAGCAAGGAGAGCGUGGCGGGAGGAGUUUCGUCCAGUCCCGGGGCCCCUGCUGGCGUGGCUGACCUGGUGCUAGCUAACCAACAGAUAAUGAGCCAGAUCUUGUCAGCGUUGGGUCAGUGCAACAGCAGUGCCAUGGCAAUGAUCAUCGGUGCCAGCGGUCUCCAUCUUACCAAACAUGAGAACUUCCACGGAGGUCUGGAUGCCAUCUCAGUGGGCGAUGGCCUUUUCACCAUCCUCACCACUCUGAGCAAGAGGGCCAGCUCAGUGCAGGUCAUGCUGCAGCCCAUUCUCACUUACAUGGCCUGCGGGUACAUGGGCAGACAGGGGUCUCUCUCCACCUGCCAGCUGUCCGAGCCUCUUCUGUGGUUCAUCCUGCGAGUGUUGGACACCAGUGAAGCUCUCAAGGCUUUCCAUGACAUGGGAGGUGUGCAGUUGAUCUGUAACAACAUGGUGACAAGCACCAGAGCCAUUGUGAACACAGCACGCAGUAUGGUGUCCACCAUCAUGAAGUUCUUGGACUCUGGGCCUGGGAAAACCGCCGACGGUAACCUUAAGGCCAGGGUGAUGACGUCAGAGCCAGACAACGCUGAGGGACUCCACAACUUCGCUCCCUUAGGCACCAUCACAUCCAGCAGCCCCACUGCACAACCAGCAGAGGUUCUCCUUCAGGCCACGCCCCCCCACCGCCGGGCACGCUCAGCUGCCUGGUCCUACAUCUUCCUGCCAGAGGAGGCGUGGUGUGACCUCACCAUCCACCUUCCUGCUGCUGUGCUGCUCAAGGAGGUCCACAUCCAGCCUCAUCUAGCUUCUCUGGCCACCUGCCCGUCCUCCGUCUCCGUGGAGAUCAGUGCAGACGGGGUCAACAUGUUGCCUCUUUCUACACCGGUCCUCACCAGCGGCCUCACCUACAUAAAAAUCCAGCUGGUGAAGGCCGAAGUGGCAUCUGCCGUGUGCCUGAGGCUCCACCGGCCGCGGGACGCCAGCACCCUGGGCCUGUCUCAGAUCAAACUGCUGGGACUGACGGCGUUCGGCAAUACCUCCUCUGCUACGGUCAACAACCCCUUUCUACCCUCUGAGGACCAGGUCUCUAAAACCAGCAUUGGGUGGCUCCGCCUGCUCCAUCACUGCCUGACUCAUGUUGGGGACCUGGAGGCCAUGAUGGCCAGUGCUGCAGCACCCACAGCCAACCUGCUGCAGACCUGUGCUGCCCUGCUCAUGUCUCCCUACUGCGGCAUGCACUCCCCCAACAUCGAGGCAGUGCUGGUCAAAAUAGGACUGCAGUCCACGAGAAUCGGACUCAAACUCAUAGACAUUCUGCUGAGGAACUGUGCUGCCUCUGGCACAGACCCUGCAAAUCUAAACAGUCCUCUGCUGUUUGGACGCCUGAACGGCCUUUCCUCUGACUCCACCAUUGACAUUCUGUACCAGCUGGGAACCACGCAGGACUCUGGAACCAAAGACAGGAUCCAGGCUCUGCUCCACUGGGUGUAUGACUCGUCCAGAGUGGCAGGUCAUAAAAUGAGUCCUCCGGCAGGUUACGCUUCUGCGGGCUCCACCUCCUCCUCCAGAGAGUACGGCCUCCUCAUGCCGUCUCCUUCCCACCUCCACUGCGUGGCGGCCAUCUUGUGGCACAGCUUUGAGCUGCCUGUUGACUACGACCUUCCUGGGCUGCUCAACAGAGAACUCUUUGAGCUCCUGUUCAACUGGUCCAUGUCUCUGUCAUGCAACAUCGUGCUGAAGAAGGCUGUAGACAGCCUGCUGUGCUCCAUGUGUCAUAUUCACCCCAGCUAUUUCACCCUGCUCAUGUCCUGGAUGAAGAUCGUCUCCGUGCCGACAGCCAGCCACUCCCACGCCCAGCAGCAGCGACUUGCCAUGACGGACGACGGGAAAAAGCAGCACGACGCUAACGCCAGCACCAGCGGACUGACAGAUGACUCGAAACAUGCCAGACCACCAGUCAACCUUUCCGAGUCCCAGUUGACCACCCUGGCAGCCGCUUCCCAGUCCCCAGGAGCCAUCCAGCAGCUGCUGGACUCGGGCCUGCCCUCGCUGCUGGUGCGCAGCCUGGUGCAGUUCUGCGUGGGACUCCUGGUCAGCGCCGACCUCCCUCUGCCUGCCGCUCAGGUUGACAGGCGCCACCACCACCACUACCACUCGCCGUUGCCCUCGCCGUCCCAGCACGGCAGGACGGUCCUGGCCGCUGAACUGGCUGCUCCGGUGCUGCGCUUCCUCACGGAGGUGGGCAACAGUCACGCCAUGAAGGACUGGCUCGGUGGGCCUGAGGUCUACCCUCUGUGGACGGCGCUGCUCUUCCUGCUCUGCCACUCCAGCGCCAGCGCUGGUUCCGGUGCUGCUUCCAGUGCUGGUCCCAGUGCUGCUUCCAAUGCUGGCUGUCAGCCACUGGCCACCGGAUCCGCUGCAGGUCCACCUCCAGUCCACUCGCCGCAAACAGGGUCUCACUUCUCCCAGCUGUCAUCCAGCCAGGGGGGGGGUCUUACCACACAGCAGAGAACGGCUUUAGAGAACGCAACCGUGGCUUUUUUCCUUCAGUGCAUCUCCUGUCACCCUAGCAACCAGCGGCUCAUGGCACAGGUGCUGUGUGAACUCUUCCAGUCGGCUCCCCAACGAGGCAACGUUCCCAUCUCCAGAAAUAUCUCAGGCUUCAUCCGAAGACUUUUCCUGCAGCUCAUGCUGGAGGAUGAGAAAGUCACAGUCUUCCUGCAGUCCCCCUGUCCGUUAUAUAAAGGUCGCAUCAACGCCACCAGCCACAUGAUCCAGCAUCCCAUGUAUGGAGCAGGCCACAAAUACCGCACCCUUCAUCUGCCAAUCUCUACUACACUAGCUGAGGUCCUCGACCGGGUGUCUGACACUCCCAGCAUUACAGCAAAGCUGAUCAGUGAGCAGAAGGAGGACAAGGAGAAGAAGAAUCAUGAGGAGAAGGAGAAGAUGAAGGCAGACAACGGCUUCCAGGACAACUACAGUGUUGUUGUAGCGUCAGGUUUAAAAUCCCAGUCCAAACGAGCUCUUCUGACUCCUCCACGACCUCCGUCAAGACGGGGUCGCAUUGUGAGCGACAAGCUGACCUCUUCGUCUGGUGUGGACCCUUCAGCCAAAACCAUCAGCGUGCCCGUCUUCCAUCUUUACCACAAGCUUCUUCCAGGUCAGCCCCUCCCCCCUGAGAUGACCCUGGCUCAGCUGCUGACUCUCCUGUAUGACCGUAAGCUGCCACAGGGAUACCAGUCCAUCAACCUGACCGUCAAGCUGGGCUCCAAGGUCAUCUCUGACCCUGGCCUUUCUAAGACUGAUUCCUUCAAGAGGCUUCGCACUGAAAAAGUGGACCACUGCGACAUGCUCAACAGCUGUCCUGAGGAUGAACCAAUGAUGGCCAAUGAAGAAUGUCUGGAUGCUGCAACUGACGAGUCCCUGCUGGAGACCAACCCCAUCCAGUCACCGCUGCAGGUCUUUGCUGGCAUGGGGGGGCUGGCCUUGAUUGCAGAGCGACUGCCCAUGCUCUACCCCGAUGUUAUUCAGCAGGUCAGCGCCCCGCUGAUCCCAGCAUCCAGCCAGGAGAAAUCUAAAGACAGCGACCAGUUUGAAUGGGUGACCAUCGAGCAGUCAGGCGAGCUGGUGUACGAAGCCCCCGAGUCUGCUGCUGCAGAACCGCCGCCUGUGAACAAGCAGCAGUCCCAGUCCUCCUCCUCCUCAUCUUCCUCCUCGGUGCAGUCCAUGUCGCCCAUUCCGGCCCACUCGCUGGCAGCAUUCGGCCUGUUCCUGCGCCUGCCGGGGUACGCCGAGGUGUUGCUGAAGGAGAGAAAGCACGCACAGUGUCUGCUGCGUCUGGUGCUGGGCGUCACAGACGACGGAGAGGGCAGUCACAUCCUGCAAUCCCCCUCUGCCAACGUGUUGCCCACCCUGCCAUUCCAUGUUCUUCGGGCGUUGUUCAGCAGCACACCUUUGACCACUGAUGAUGGAGUACUGCUGCGCCGCAUGGCUUUAGAGAUCGGCGCCAUUCACCUAAUCCUGGCCUGUUUGUCAGCUCUGAGCCACCAUGCCCCUCGAAACCCCAACGCCAGCAGCAACGUCUCUGAGCCGCAGAUGUCCAGUUGUCACAGUGGUGGGACUAGUGAGGAGCAGCAGCUGUACUGGGCUAAAGGAACUGGUUUUGGUACCGGCUCUACAGCUUCAGGCUGGGAUGUGGAGCAGGCCCUUACCAAGCAGAGGUUAGAGGAGGAACAUGUCACCUGUCUGCUCCAGGUUCUGGCCAGCUACAUCAACCCGGCGGGCUCCAGCAGCCAUGGCGCCGAUGCCUCUGCAGACAGCAGAGUCCAGAACAGCUCAGCUCUGCCGCCAGUGCUGCAGGAGCUGCUGAGCCAGUCCUGCCUCAUCCCUGCCAUGUCCUCCUACUUACGCAACGACUCAGUUCUGGAUAUGGCUCGCCAUGUUCCACUGUACAGAGCACUACUGGAGCUGCUAAGGGCCAUUUCCACCUACACAGCGUUGGUCCCACUCCUGCUUCCUCUGUCUGGGGAUCCUGGCCAAGAGGAGGAGGAGGAAGAUGAAGAUCAUUCUGAGGGACAGACUUCUGUAGGCAUGCUGCUGGCCAAAAUGAAGACAUGUGUGGACACGUAUACAAAUCGCCUCAGGUCAAAGAAGGAUAAAAGCAAAGGUGUGGUGAAACCAGAUGGCUCGGACCCAGAACCUGAGGGUCUGACCCUGCUGGUGCCAGACAUCCAGAGAACAGCUGAGAUAGUCCAUGCAGCUACUACCAGCCUACGGCAAGCCAAUCAGGAGAGGAAACUAGUUGAGUCGUCAAAGAAGGUGUCGAGUCGGCCCAAACCGCUGUCAGUUCUCCGCUCCUUGGAAGAGAAAUACGUUGCUGCUAUGAAGAAGCUCCAGUUUGACACGUUUGAAAUGGUUUCAGAAGACGAGGAAGGGAAGCUGAUGUUUAAGGUCAACUACCACUACAUGUCGCAGGUUAAAAACGCCAGCGAUACCAACAGUGCGGCCAGAUCACGGCGCCUCGCCCAGGAGGCCGUCACCCUGUCCACAUCUCUCCCUCUGUCGUCUUCGUCCAGUGUCUUUGUCCGCUGUGAUGAGGAGAGGCUCGACAUCAUGAAGGUUCUCAUCACUGGCCCAGGCGACACCCCAUAUGCCAAUGGCUGCUUUGAGUUUGACGUGUAUUUUCCCCAGGACUAUCCCAACUCCCCUCCCCUGGUCAACCUGGAGACCACCGGGGGACACAGCGUGCGCUUCAAUCCAAACCUCUACAAUGAUGGAAAAGUGUGUUUAAGUAUCCUCAACACAUGGCAUGGGAGACCAGAGGAGAAGUGGAACCCCCAGACCUCAAGCUUUUUACAGGUGCUAGUGUCUGUGCAGUCCCUCAUCCUAGUGGCUGAGCCCUACUUUAACGAGCCGGGGUACGAGCGUUCCCGCGGGACCCCCAGUGGCACCCAGAGCUCUCGAGAAUAUGACGGCAACAUCCGGCAGGCCACGGUCAAGUGGGCCAUGCUGGAGCAGAUCCGCAACCCGUCGCCGUGCUUCAAGGAGGUGAUCCACAAACAUUUCUACCUGAAGAGAACCGAGAUCAUGUCUCAGUGCGAGGAGUGGAUCGCUGACAUCCAGCAGUACAGCAACGACAAGCGGGUCGGCCGCACCAUGUCCCACCAUGCAGCUGCUCUCAAGAGACACACGGCCCAGCUGAGGGAGGAGCUGCUGAAGCUGUCCUGUCCCGACGGCCUGGAGCCCGACGGAGACGAGUUCUCUGAGAAGAGUGCCGCGCUCAUCCUCAAAGACCUGUCCAGUCAGGACACAGAAAAACCCACAGGCAGUCAGGACAGCCACUGCAGUGAGGGCCAGCUAUGAGCCCACCCACCAGGCCACUCGGACCCCACUGACCCUCCCGCCCGCCCCAUCUUUUCCAGCAUCUUCGGCCCCCUCACCUUCCUCUUUCUGAUGAAUACUCUGUAAAGACUGGAUGGCUUUGAGAGGGCGAGCCAUCACUUUGUCAAUAUUUGUAUGUAAAGAUCUAAUUGCAGAAUAGUAGUGGAGGGAGCUCAAGUACCAGAAGCCGAUGAGACAAACUCUGAACUAUGCUAUGCCCUUAUGAAAGAGUCAAGAAAAACUUUUAUUCACCUGUAAAAGACUGUAAACAUUUUGUGUGUUUUUUUCCAAUUGUGAAAUAACCACUGAUUGGUAUGUUAUUAAACUUGUUUAUGUAUACAUAAUGGCAGAGAAAAAAAUGACAGAUUAUAUAAGGGAAACUACCUUUAGAGAAGAAUGUUUACUGAAUGUUAAGUCCCUUUUUUUUUUUUCUUUGUUUUUUUUUUUUUUGGUGGGGGCGGUGUUUUUGGGACUGUUAGAGCGGUGGUAGUUGGAACCAAGGAUUUAUUGGUCAUUCUUAAAGCAUAUUAUUUAAAAGAAGAAAACACACAGGAAAGUGACUCUCGGAAAAACCUCUGGAGAUCCCACGCUACCUUUGAUUUGUUUUGGAUCAUAUCCACUUCAAUAAGGUUUGAGAUGGACAUUUUUAACUCAUGUUAUAUCCCUUUUACAGGCUCCAAAUUAAAAGGCUUAACCACACUCUGGAUCAGCAUUUGUCGCCUCUUAGAACUUCUCCAUGACUGCUUUCCAUUCACAUGACUGUAGACGGCCAGAUCGGGAAAUGUACUUUAAAGGCUUGUGCAUGUGUCUGUGUGUUUUCUGUGCGUGUGCAACAAUCCCCCGUGAGAUACAAAAGCUGUGAUGUGCCUUUGAUCUACACCAUACCACCAAAUACUCCCAACAGAGUACCUUUGCUGAAUAAUCUGCUAUUUCUACAGAUUUCUGCUCCGUCUAGCUAAAGAAAACUGCUUUGAUUUGAUUUUAUUAUGUUGAAACAGCAGUGGGAAAAAAAAGCACUUUCUAUUUUACUCACUCCUUAGUACAGUCACAUAAUCCUUUUGCUAGGACAUUAAAUGGAGCUUGAAAAUAUGGA